AUGUAGAUUUAAAUGAAAAGGUAUUGCAUAUUUUACCUUUUUUUGGUAAAAUAAAUUUACGCUGAGGAUUGUAGUGAUAACGAGUGUUUUUCAGAAACUGUAAAUAAAUGCAUUAUGUUUUCAUUUGAUAUAGUUGGCAGAGACUCUUAAAAUCAAAAGUGCUUAUAUGAUCGAGAAAUAACCAGCAAAGUUGAUAAAUGCUUUGAUAAGUAAAUAAACUAGGUAAGUACAGUAUGUAAAAAUAGCUUAAAUACAAUGUGUGUGACAAUAAGCAAUGAUAUUGAUGAUAACUACAUUGGUAUAUAUUAAAACUAAAUAGGGGAUUUAAUAUGUAUUGAAAAAUAAGAUGUAAAUUAAUUGAUAUUAGCAUCUCCAUUAAGUCUGAUCAAGCUAAAAUCUUAAUACUGCAUUCAAGAUGAUUAUUCACUAGAAAAGUUAAGCUAGAGAAUUAAUAGCAUGAAAUGUAGUUGCAAACCAUAAUUUUGUCUUGAAAGCGAUUCUUGCAUUUCUAUGGAUUCUAAAGAUAAUAUAGCAAGAGAUACCAAUUAAUUAUGUUUAUCAAUUAAUUAAGAAGGGUAGAUCUAGAGUUGUUAUUUAGAUAAGAGCAUUUGCUUGAUAAAAGAUCCUAAUAAUUAAAAAAGCAAGUGCGUAUUGUAAGAAGAAGCUGAAAAUGUAAUUGGAAUAGCACUAAUUAAUGGAAAUAAUGAAUGCAUUUUACAAGAUUCAUAUUAAAAAUUAUAAAUUGAUGAAAAUUUGGUUUCCUUGAAAAAAGAUUAUUGCCUUUUUUAAUCCUCAUAAGUUGUACGAAUAAAAGAUUAAAAUAAAUUAGUGGUUGGCAGAACAUAAUAAUUUAUGUGUGUGUAAGAAAAUUAAGUGUAUUCAGAUAAAAAUAAUUUGGUGGAAAUGUGUAUAUUUGGAUUUUGCAUCUCCAAUAACUCUUGCGUGUUAAUGGAUGAUUUCUAAUAUAUUUCAAAAAUGUCAGAUGAUACUUGCUCAGGAAAUUCAAAUACAGAUUUUAAAGAGUGUUUUUAUUCUAGAGAAGCUAACACAACUUGUAUUUUAGAGGAAGAUGGUUAAUAAUCAUGUGAAAUUAUCACUAUUUAAAAUACGAAUGCUUCUGGAGCAAUUCUUAAUUAAUAUGACAAUAACAUUGGAAAAUGUAUUAGAGCAAAUUAAAAAUUGAUUGAAAUUAAUUUAUAGUAAGAUAAUCAAAAGCUAACUUGUGCUGAGGGUCUAUGCAUUCUAAAAAUGCCAGUUUAUAAUAAAUUUAAUGAUUUGAUAUAUUAUACAUAUGAAUGCACUGAAAUAACAUUUAGUAAUUAAACAGCUGCACAAGAUGAUGAUGGAUACUGCUAACCAACACCUACAAGUAAAAUAUGUAAGAAAACUAACUAGUGUCUAUUAGGAAAAAAGUGCGUUGAUAUGACUUAUGAUAAAAGUCUUCCUAAUUUUGCUAAAGAAUAAGGAACUACAGCUUGUCUUCCCUAUUAAUUAACAGAAGAAAAAGGAUAAAAAAUUAAAAAUUGCCCAUAUGGUUUUUGUAUUCUUUAAAUGAAAAUAAAUUAGAGAUACUGUAUUUAGUUAGGUUCAUUUAUUUAGAGCUUACAAUAUAUUGGCGUAGAAAAAAGUACUUAGAGGUGUCUUACCUCAUAUUAAAUUUCGACAAUUGGAAUUGAUUAGUGUGCAGAUAUGAAUUAUUGCAUAUUUUAAAUCCCAUCAAAAUCAAAAUAGAAACAGUACCUAUGCCAUCUUUUAUAAUUAGAAAGCACUUAAUUUAAAGGUUUUCAAGUUCCAGCAAAGAAUGCGAAUGGUUACUGUUAAAAAUUAUAAUAAGAUAAAACAAUAAGUUGUGUUGAUGGUUUUUAUUGUAUUUCUAAAUUGGGUUAAUGUGUUCCUUUAGACUCAAAAAUAAACAUAGCCAGGAGCAGCACUUAACUUUGCUAGUCGGCUUAUACUGAUCAGUCAAUAUAUUGUGCUUAGUAAUACUGUUAGCUUAAUUAGAGAUGCAUUCCUUUAUCGUUUGAGUAUCCAGGAAGGGAAAAUAAAACAAGUAAAUGUCUUUAAGAAAAUGAAAAAGGAAUAUUUGGAGCAGGAAGUUGUUUUGAAAUCUUUUGCUUGAUUGGAAAGUCUGAUGAAGAAAAUGAGCAAUUUUGCGUUUAAAUCGAUUAUAAAAUAAGUUCAUAAGUUGGUAGGUAUAAGAUAUCUUAGAAAUGUGUAAAAGAAGAUGAUUAUAGCACAAAAACUGAAAUUGAAAAAUGCUUUAAGGGCUAAUACUGUAUUAAAAAAGAUGAGAAAGGAGUGUAGGCUUGUACAAAGGUACAUAAUGAUAUUAUUUGCUCUGACGAUAAUGGUGAAUGUGUUUAAGCCUCUGAUUAAUCUAAAAAGUGCAAAAAUUGCCCGUUUUCCUAGUGCCUUUAAUCAGAAAAAUGUAUAAACCUUGAAAAUUAAUAUUGUCAAGAUGCAAAUGGGUCUUGCUAAUCAAUUUAUAGCUACUCCUGUUCUGUGUGUCCAGAAAAAUAUUGUUUAAAUUAGAGAAUGAAUAGAUGCAUAUAUUAUUAGUUUAUUCCUAACAAUUAUUCUAAAGCCAAUUGUCUUUACUAGCCUAGAUAAGACCAAUAAUGCUUUUUGUAGGAUAUAAAUUCAGUUAAUAAAUACUAAGAAAAUCUUUGCAUAAAUAAAAACCAUUUUUGUAUUUCUCUUGCAGAUGAAAAAUCAUCAAAACAGUGCUUUUUUUGUCCUAAGUAUUAUUACAAUCCAGGUGACGGGUUUUGCUAUCAGAAAAAAAAUGAUAACUAAUAUCCCUUCUUUAAUCUGGAUAUUUAAUAUUCUUCAGAAGACUGCUUUCCUAACAGUGAUUGCUCAAAUAAUAGUUAAAAAUGUCCAGAAGGAUGCUAAAAAUGUGAAGGUCCUAAUAUGUGCACUUAGUGCAUUGAUGAUUAUUUCUUGUAUUAUGAUAAAGAUACAUAAUAUCAAGUGUGUGUUAAGUGUGACACUCAAUUUUACAAUAAUUUAAACUAAGACCCCUAAUUAUAAAAAUAUGGUAAUGAGUUUUUUAAAUGUAUAGAAUGCAAUCUUCAGGAACAAGACUGGUAAUUAAAAAAAUAACUAAAAAAAAACUGUGCUAAGAUGGUAGUUAAAUUUAUUGGAAACUAUAGAUUUACUAAAAACUAUUCUAAUUUAUUGUAUUAUGUUGUUUCAAGUGGAAUUUCUGCAAAUAUAAGUGAGAGUUAAGCAAAAAGAUUACCAGUUAAUUUCAUGGUUGAAUACAAAAAUAGCUCUCCAUUUUCUUGUGAAUAAACAUGUUUAAGAUGUGAGUCAGACCCUAAAAAACCAAUAUAUUGCUAUAAAUGUAUUGACAGGUAUUAUAGUGAUGAAUAGGGUAAAUGUUAAAAAUGCCCUCUGAAUUGUUUAAAGUGUGGAAAAGUUAUUUUUAAUGAGUAAAACUAACCAAUUUUAAUUGAAGAUAUUCCAAAAGAAUUGCUAGAUGAUCAGAAAUAUUCUUUUUCUGGUGCAGUAUUUGCUUGUGUGUAAUGUAUUGCUUAAUAUGCAAUAUCUCAUGAUUUCAGUUAAUGUAUUUAGUGUGGCUUUAAUUGUCUUGAGUGCGCAUUCGAAAUGUCAGGAAAUCUUUUAAAUUAUAGAAAAUAAAACUUUAAAUAAGAAUAUUAGUUUUUUAAAUGCAUCAAAUGUUUAUAAGGUUAUUAGUUGUCUGCAAACAAAAAAGACUGCAUAAUACCAUAAGUUCUACAACUUUGUUAUGAAUAAGGAAUAUAUGAUAAGAAUUCAGGUUAAUCUCUAUAGACUUAUCUAGAUAUUUUUAAUGCUGAAAAUAAUUAUUAAUGCUUAAAGUGUAAAGAAAAUACAUGCUCAUAUCAAAAUGUUUGUAUUAAAAGGAGUUAUUUUUUUGACUUUUUUUAUAUAAAUACAAUAUUUAAUUGUUAAAAGUUAGAAAAUGAUUAUGAAAAAACUACAAUAAAUUAUUGUUAAAAUGGUGUAUCUGCUUAAAUUAACUCCUAUCUAGCUUGUGAUUAAAAUAAUAAAUGUAAAAAUUAAAUUUAUUAAUGCGAAGAGUGCUAUACAGAUUUAUAGAUUUACUAAUGUAAAAAAUGCAAGAUCAAUGGGUAAAUACCAAGUAUUUUUGGUUGUUUACCUUGCCAACCAGGUUGUUUAAAAUGCUACGAAGAGGGAUAUAUUGACAAUAAAAGAAUUAAUUUCACUGAUUAUCUUAUCAAUAAUCCUUAAGGUACACUGAAUCUUAAUUUAAGCCAGAGACUAAAUUACAAAAGUAUUUUUAAUAUUAAGAUGAAAUGUAUAGAAUGUUAUUAUGGCUAUACUAUUGACUUUACAUAAUAAUAUUGUUUAACUCCUUAAUGUGGGAAUUAUUGUUAAAAUUGCAUAAAUUAAAAUGAUAUCCCUUUAUGUUUAUCUUGCAAUUACAAUAAGCUUUUUUAGCUAAUAGAACCAAUUUAAAGUUUUAUAUCUUAACUUCAUUUUGGUACUAAUUAUUUAAAUAACUUCUAGUAAAUGGUAACUUUUAAUUCUGAAUAAAAGAAUUGCUAAAUAUGUCCUCUUCUUUGUGAAACAUGUGAAGAUAACUAAAUUAACCUUGCUUCAGAUCCAUUGAACUUAUACAAAAUUAACUGUUAUUCUUGUAAGUAAUAACUGCCUAAUACUUAACCAGAAAUGCAAAAAUAUGAAAUAAGAUAUGAUAAAUUUAGGAAAAGAUGCAUUUACUGCUUAAAAGAAGACAAUGGAUGCUAUUUCAAGAAAAAAACAGAGAUUUUUGCUAUUUGUGGUACUGCGAAUGAACCUUUUGGUAAAGGUACUAUUGAUGAGCCAUACAAUUUAUAUAAAGUUAAAACAACUGAUUUAGAUCAAUUAAUUAUUAAUGAGUCCGAUUUUGAUAUGGCGUUGGUUUAUUAUAAUGAACUUUAGCUGAGAUAUAUUAAUUUUAUAAUUAAUUUUGUUGAUCCUUCUAGAAAUUGCACUUAGAUAAAUGCUUUAAAUUUUACUACAAAAUUAAAAGAUAAGAUUCCAUCAGUAUAAAAUAUUUCUAUAACAUUAAAUGCCUUUCAGAACGAUUAAUAAUCCGAUUAUAUUCUUUAUUAAUAAAAUAUUGCAAUUUUUAGAGGAUUUAGCUUUUUCAAGAUUUAAAAUUUUAAUCUGAUACCAAAAAAUUUAGAUAGUUAAUUUGGUUUUAAUGUUGAGGAUGAAUAUUUAAAAUAUAUUGAAUUCUAGAAUGUUAAAUUCACAUGUUAACGCUAAUUUUAUAAUUAGCUGUAACUAAGUUUUUAAAAUUUUAAUGGCACUUUUUUAAUGAAUAAUACGUAUUUGAGAAAUUGUAGUUUUUAAUAAUAAACACUUAUAAACGUUUUCUCAUCGUUUAUAACAACAUAUUUGACAUAUAACCUCACGAAUGUAUCAAUAUUAUAUUCAGAUUUCUUAUCAAAAUCUAAGUUCAUAUCAAUAAGCAGUCGAAGCACUUUGGAGAUUUAUAAUUUCACAUUUUAGCAUGGAGUUUUAGAGAAUCAAUCAUAGAUUUUCUCAAAUAACUUCUAAGGUGAUGACUUGACUAGCACUCUCAAUAUAACACACUUUUAUUUUCAGAACACUACAAUUUUAACUCAAUCUUAAAUAUUGAUUGGGGAGAGAUUUAAUUACUUUUAUCUUCAAGACUUUAUAUUUAUUAACUCAACUAGCAAGUUAAAUCUAAAUAAAAAGAUAAAAAAUUCUUUGUUUAGUGUCAAUACAAUUAAUGCAAAUAAUGUCACAAUACAGUCAAAUAUCUUUGAGAAAACACAUAUUAUUUAAUUUUCUCCUAUAUAAGACUUUAUAGAUUAAACUUCUAUAAAUCUUAAUUAAUUUUUAUUAUUUAACAAUACAAUAAGCAGCUAUGAAUAGAUAUUUUUUUACUAAAAUGGUAGAUUCAAAACUGAUGUGAAUAUAACUAAUUUUAACAUUUCACAAAACACUUACAGCUAAAAUUAUAAUUUAUAUUUAUUCAAAUUUAAAUAGAUCAACUCUCUCAUUUUAAAUAAUGGUAUAGUUGAUGAAAAGGAAUUAAUAACUUUCAUUCAAGUAACUAGUGUGAAUAAAGUAUCUGUUUAGUCUUUGAGUUUUGGAAAUAAAUUAAUCUCAAGCUCUUCACAAAAUUUAAUUAAUAUUCAAGAUAUAAUUUAUUAAGUAUAAUUAAAAAAUGUUACAUUUAACUAAAUUAUUGCAGAUGAGAUACUACUCAUUGUCAGUUAAUUAGCUACAAACAACCUUAACCUAUCAGCAUUCAAAGCAAUAUUUAGCAUCAUAAAUUUUAAUUAGAUAGUUUUAAGAAAAUAAGCAAGUGUUAAGCUCAACAUUCACAUAUUUAGUGCUGCCUAGAUCUCUUUGUCUUAUGGAAUCGCUAAAUUCAAUUUAAUACAGGCUUUGAAUGUCAACUAACCUGCAAUAGAAAGUCAAUCAGAUAACUUUUUAUCUUCUGUGAUUAAUUGUAAGAACCCAUUAGGCUAGAUUGAAAUUACUAACGCUUAUUUGACAAAUGCCGAUAAUCAUCCUAACCAUAAUCUAUUUUAUAUUCAGGCAAUCUCAGUUUCGAUAUAAUCAUCUAAUUUUGUCAUUAAAUCGAAUAACUAUAAUAAAUUACAGUUAGCUGGAAGCCCCAUUUUAGGGGGCUUAGCUUAAAUACAAUGCAGAGAACUUAAAAUUUAAAGCUCUUUAUUUAGCGGUGGGUUAUCUCUUCAGGGAGGAGGAAUUUACUGGUAAGCUUUAGAGAUGGCAAGCAUUUAUAUUUCUUAGACCAAUUUUACAGAAAAUUGGAGUUUUUCAUAAAAAGAUCCUAAAAACUCAAAUGGAGGUGCAAUUUAUAUUAACCAAGUUCAAUAUAAUUAUGGAGUAACCAUCAAUAUUGUCUAAUGCCUUUUUUAAAAUAAUUUUGCUUAUUUAAGAGGAGGAGCCUUGUAUGUUUCUCCAAACAAGAGAAAAUUUUACUUGAAUUUGUAAAAAUCACAAUUCAUAAAUAACUAUUCAUAAGAAGGAAGUAACUUUUAUUCUAGUUAGUAAUUUAUGCAAAACAUUAUUAUGAUCUAAUAAACUUAGACUUUAUAUUAAUAUGAAUUUAUACAAAAAUUAAUGAGCUAGAUAGAAAAAAUUGUGCUUCCAAUUUAUAAUUCUCCCAGUCUUUUCUAUUUAUAAGGUUUUUAUUAGGUGCAUUUGUUACAAAAUAAUUACACAGCAGAAAAAGCUCCUAAUAUAAAUUAAGUUGAUGAUAAAAUAUAGCUAAUUUUUCAAGGUUUACUUUUCUUUGAAAACAUAAAUUAAUUGUCAUUAAUUUAAAAUAGAAUAAAUUAAUUUACAUCAAAUAAGCACUUAAUUCGCUUAUCAUAUAUUGGCAGUUUUUAAAUGUUUCUUGAUUCAAUAAACGAUAAUUAAUAAUUUACACUUAAUAAGCCAAAUGAUGAUUUAGAUUCAUUUGUUUAUAUUUUUUCAAAUUCAAUAAAAAUUAACCAGUUAACAUAUCAAAAUAAUACUUGUGUCAGAUGCUUAUAAGGAAAUAUAAGAGCUGUUUCAAAUCAUAUACUAAUAAUUGAUAGUGUUUUAAAGUUAAACACUGCUUAUAAUGGAGGAGCUCUUUCUAUUUCUUAACAAUUUUAAACCAUAAUAUAAGGAAAUAACUUUAGAUUCCUACCAAUUAAUUUUAAUUAAGAAUAUAUCAUUAGAAGAUCUGAUUAAAAUUAAACUAUCUACAAUACUACAUUUAUAAAUAACUCUGCUUUAAACAACGGAGGUUCUAUUUUAGUUUCUGAUUCUAUAUUUUACUUAAUUAGAUGCUUGUUUUAAGAAAACAAUGCAGCAGGCUAUGGAGGUGCUGUUGUAUCCGAUUUGAAUAUUAAGUCAGAUUAAAUCUAAAAAAUUCAUUUAAUUAAAAAUAUCUUUUUAAAUAAUGUAGCGAAAAUAGGGAGUAGCUUUUAUUAAAUAUAAAAUCUUCCUAUAUAUUAAUAGUACAACAAUUAACUAAAAGGAAAUAAAGCAAAACUUUAUAACAACAACCUUCUUUAGUUUGCAGUUAAUUUUAUUGGAAUAAAGAAUAAAUAAGUUCUCAAAAAUUCAAUGAAUAUAGACAAACACAUAAGUGGAUAUUUUCAGGAUGAGAUUUUAUUACAAUUAGUAAAUAGUGAAGAUUAGCCAAUAACAAUUCUUAACAAAGAAAUUACUUUAAAUAUUGUAGUUUAAGGUGAGGAUUAUUAUAUUAAUUAAUAAUCAAUCUCAUAGAGAAGUGGUAUAUUUAAUAUAACAGAUAAAAUUUAAGUUUUUGGAAGACUAGGAAAAAGAAUAAAGUUGCUUAUCUACUCAGAAUAUGCUAAGUACCCUGUUUAUGGACUAGAUGGUGAGGUGAUUAAAAUAGAAACUGAUAUAUUUUUUGAAAUAGUAAUAAAUAUAGUUUAAAAGUGUCCUUAAGGCACAUAACAUUUUAGUGAUUAUUUAAAAAAAGAUAAAUGUAAUAACUGCCCACAAUUUAUGUUUAAUUUAAAUGAUGGAGAUAAAUGUUAUAAAUGUCCAUAGGAAUUCAUAUGUGAAAAUAAAAAUAUUUACUUGCCUUAAGGUAUGUGGAGAUCCUAAAAUAAUAGUUAUAACUUUAUCGGAUGUUAUGGAUAUUUCUAAUGUGUUGGAGAUAUUGAUAGAUAAUUUGAAUUCAACAAAUAUUCAGAUGUAAACCGAUAUUGUAUUGAAGGAAAUAUUGGCCCAUUAUGCAUGGACUGCGAUUUAUUUGGUAAAUAUUGGAAUCAAAGAUUUUAUCAAUCAGCUAUUUACACUUGCACAAAGUGUGGAGAAUUCAAUGCUAGUAAAGCAGUAGAUUGUAUAAUAUUACUAAUAAAUAUUAUAUUGUUUAUAUGCAUGGCUAAAAAAAUAUGUUAACUAAUGGAUUAUUUAAAGAUUAAAAAAAUAUUUGAAGUUUUAAAGAUUCAUUUUAGAUUUGAUGAGAGGUUUUUUAUAAUUAUGAAUAUUCUAUUAAAUUAUACUGCUCAAUUAACAGUCUGUAUGAAUAAUAUGAUUUAUUUACCUGUAUGGUUCAAGUAAAUUUUAAAAGGUCUGGGAAAUCCAUCUGAAAUUGUUCUAAAGUUAUUUGACUGCAUAUUUUCUUAAAUUAGUUUAUUCAAUGACGAUAAUAUACUUUACUUUUAUUUUAGGAUAGUUAUUCUAUUGAUAUUGAAUUUGUUGAUUUGCAUAAUUUCUUUGGUUUGCUUUAAAAUAUUGAAAAAAAAAGAAACUUUAGUAUGCUUCUCUGUUUUGAUUUACUUUACCAUUCAUUUAUAUACUUAUUCAAUAGAUUCAACUUUAAAGAUGAUGUUUUGUGACUCAGUAGAAGAUAAGUUGUAUGUUAACUAAUUUCCAAAUAUUGAAUGUGAUAACUAACAUGUCCUAUUAAUGAAGUCUCUGCUAAUUCCUUGCUUAUGUUUUUAGAUCAUGUUUAUAAUUUUCGUUUUUUUGCUUCUGAUUAAAGAAAAUUAAAUAACCAGAAAAAAAAAAUAGAUAACAAGCAUUUUUAGCUAUUUCUACAAACGCUUUUGGUGGUAAUUUUACAUAAUAGGGAUGAAAUUACUUGUAAUUAUUAUAGAUAAUUUUUUCUAUCUAUCUAUUUAAUUGAAGGGUUCGAUACUAUGUGCUUUGUAUCUUUCUUUAACUCUGUCAUAGCUAUAUUUUUAUCCUUAUAAGAGGCUUUACUACAAUUAUUUGGACAUAUUUUUUUCGAUAUUAAUAACAAUUAACUUUGGUAUGAUUAGUAAUUUGGGCUAAUAUGAAAAUUAGGAGAGGACGUUUAUUACAUUCUUUAUAUUAAAUAUAACAUUUAUUAUAGUUUUCUUUUACUUUUGGAUGCUUAGAGAUAAAAUUAAAAUAAUUUUAUAAAAAUUAAUAAUUAAAUAUUAAAAAGUAUAGUAGCCUCCAAAAAAGUAAUCUGCAAUUAUCUUAUGGAAAUCCUUAAGGCUUAGGAUAAAUAAUAAAUAGAAAUUUGAUUACAUUUAAAAUGAAUAGGUAUUUUUUUAAAAAUUAAGUAAAUACCACUAAAUACAAAAAUAAAACAAUUUAAUUAAAUAAAUUGAAUUAUUUUGA